AUGUUCGUGCCCCGGGUUCGUCUGCAUUACAGCAGCAACGAGUAUCCAGCAUUUAGCUCCAGAAGACGGAGACCGCGACAGAAGGAGAGACGGCCAUUCAAACUAGCCGAUUUUAUUCACAUCCCUUGCCUUUUGCCGACACUGGUUGGUACCUUGAUUGGAUCGCUUAUCUCGGUCGGAGGAAUCACUAUGAGCAUUCUUGGUUACUACCCAGAAACGUCGAUUUUAUCACAGGGCCUUCGCUUGCCACCUAAACCGCCAGACCCACCGAAAAACCCCCAUCUAAAGGUGCUAGCCUACAUCGGACCUCCUGUAAUGGCUAUGGGUGCGUUCACUGUCAUAGUGUCGUGCGUCAUGUACUGUGAGUUCAGGGACAAGUACCUGAGGGUCGAGGACGAUAUCAAAAUACGUGGUCUAAAAAAGGAUGCGGUUUACGAAUUGGUGGUCGAGAGCUUUAGGCGAAACUAUUUUCGGGGCAUUGCUCUGCCCUUUGAAGAUAGCAAGCUGAAAAGUCUAGAGCCCAAUGACGGCAUCACGAACAGUUCAGAUUCCAAUGUGUCAUCAAUAGGUGGGAAUGAAACGAACGAGGCCCGCAAUCCAAGUUACAAGGUGACCUUUCCGGCGUCGUCUCGUCGAAGUUCGGUCGUCACUCAUCCGAUUAAGAGGUCGGACUUUGGUCAUAAGGCCAACUCAAUGCCUAACAUUAAACCAUUCCAUGCCUCUGUGGCAUCGGCGCUCAUGGCACACGUGUCUUACGCCCGGCGGAAAUCAAACAACGUGGCAUUCGACGACUUUCGCCUAUCCCGCAACUACGACGCUGUUCGACGGUCAUCAAUGGCCUCCAGCAGCCUCGGCAGUACCUCGACGGGGAUUAUCAAUCCGGCGUAUGAACAGGACGAUGAACCGAGAAGACAGAGGAGACGAUGUGAAACACGCAGAAGUCCACGUUACUUGUGCGUCCAUCACAACAGGCCAGUUAGUGAGGGUGACUCUAACGACUGUUUACCGGUCGUGAUUGUCCACAGAGCUUCUGUGCACCAAGUGGACAUUCCCGACCAUCGGCGGAACUCAGUCAACACGUUAAACUCGGGAGGCUCGUAUUCGCCGUUGCCGUGCAGUGCUACAAGCAGUGCCGGCGACGGUAGCCUAUCGAACAACGAAAUCGCUAGCGGUAACAAUGCUCACAAUUCAAACUCAAACCUAAGCGAUAGGCCCUGCUGCGUGUCAAGGACCUCUAUAGAUAGCAAUUGCAUUAGAUCCAUGCUCACUUCGUUCCAGCAUGAAACUAAUUUUGACGUUACAACAGAAGGGACAGACUUACAAAACAUUGAAAUGAAAGAGGUAACGCACACGUGA